ACAAGGUUUGUGUCAUUGUGACAUGGAGGACUGCAUAUUCGCAGUUUUGUGAGACCAACAAUUAAAUCAUUUCAAACGAGAACACAAAGAGAUGAGGCACUUUCGAUCUGAGCACUAUACACAACAACAGUGAAACUUUUUAGUAAAGAAAACAUUCUAGCUGUUUUGCCUAUAUAGCUGUCCAUAAACAGCAAAAGUUCUGAAGUGUGAUUUGCCAAGACGCUGAAAAUAUGUUUUGUUGUUCUACAGCGUGCCCGACACUGAGUUGAGCUAUCAUCCCGUACUGGGACUGGUAUCAGAGGUGUUGAUGUUGGUGCAUGAGUGUCCGUCCCCCUGUUUGCUGCUCAAUGCACUGCCGCUUGUCCGAGCAGACACUUCAAAGACACAGGCGACGUACGACGGACGUGCUUCCUCCCUCACUUUAGACACUCCACUGUCGGACUCCUAAACGCGAACUUUUAAGUUAGAAUUGACCAUCCUCAUAAAACGGAAUCUAUUCGGUCUGAGUGGACAUUUGUUGCCGUUUUGUUUGGUUGUUAGAUCCUACCGGAGGCUGCGUGCUGCGCUGUCUGGAGGAACGGAGCCCAUGCGGACUGCUUGCCAUCUGACCCGCUCUUAUCAAUGAAGCAGGAGAGCAUGGCGGAGGGGCCCCGGUGUAAGAGGCGAAAACAAGCCAACCCAAGAAGAAAGAACGUGCUGAACUAUGAGAAUGUGGUGGAGGCCGGGUCUGAGUCGGACGAGGAGGACAGGCUGCUGGCGUCGGAGGGUGAGGGCAGUCCGGCGGGAGUGCCCAGCCGAGAGGCGUCGCCACGGGUGGGCCACGCCCUGCUGUCCUGCCGUGGCAACGAGGAGAUCGACGCCAGAGAUGGCCCGGGCAACCAUGUCUGGCGCCAUCCUGGUGACAUCAAUGGUACUGAGGAGAGAAAAGAAGAAUACAACCCUUUGAGCCCAGAGGUGUCUCUCCAUGGAGUUGGCAAUGGUUCAGUGAAGGGCGAUGGCCCCUCGGAGCUGGAGAGCUUCUUUUCAAAGCGGAAGCUGGAGGAGAGUGUGGGCCAUGCGGCCAGCAUUGCUGAAUACCUGCAGCGUGGCGACACGGCCAUCAUUUACCCAGAAGCCCCGGAGGAGGUCACCCGUCUGGGCACUCCCGAGGCCAACGGGCAGGACGAGAACGAAAAUGACCUGACACCCCGGACGCCAGACGACUUUGCCCAGCUGCUGACCUGCCCUUACUGUGACCGUGGCUACAAGCGGCUGACGUCUCUUAAGGAGCACAUCAAGUAUCGCCAUGAAAAGAACGAGGAGAGCUUCCCAUGCCCCCUGUGCAGCGAGACAUUUGCCUACCGCACACAGCUGGAACGCCAUAUGGCCACCCACAAGCCAGCUCGAGACCAGCCCCCGAUACUGAACGAAGCAGCCACCAACCGAAAGUUCAAAUGCACUGAGUGUGGCAAGGCGUUCAAAUACAAACAUCAUCUGAAGGAGCAUCUCCGAAUUCAUAGUGGUGAGAAGCCGUACGAAUGCUCCAACUGCAAGAAGCGCUUCUCCCACUCUGGCUCCUACAGCUCCCACAUCAGCAGCAAGAAGUGCAUCGGCCUGAUCGCCAUCAACGGCCGCGUGCGCAACGGCGUGGGCACCAAGCCAGGCUCCUCGCCCAACUCCGCCGCCUCCUCGCCAGGCAGCCCUGCCUUGGCGCAGCUCCGCCACAAACUGGAGAGCGGGCGAUCCAUGGGCAUGUCGGACCCGUCCAGCCAUGCUGACAUCAAAGCGGAGCCGUUGGACUUCAACGAGUACCGGCUCAUGAUGGCCACCCAGCAGGAGUUUGGAGGUCCGGGUGCCUUUGUCAAUGGAAGUGGCCGAGGCGGGAGCCCCCUCGGAAUGCACGGGUCCGCCCAGAACCCUCUGCACCUCGGCAUGGGGCUGGAGUCCCAGCUCAUGAGCUACUCCAUGAUGGGAAACAACCUGAGCGAGGUGCAGAAGGUCCUCCAAAUCGUCGACAACACCGUCUGCCGGCAAAAGCUGGACGGCAACCCUGAUGACAUCUCCAAGCUGAGGGCCUACAUGAAGGAGAUGGGGGCUCAGAUGGAGGAGCAGAAGCGGGCAUUGGCCUCACCCCGAGCGGGCUUCCCCGGGGUAGGUCACAACAGCCCCACUAAAAGCAUUAUAGACUACACCCUGGAAAAGGUCAACGAGGCCAAAGCCUGCCUCCAGAGUCUCACUGAGGACUCCAAGAGGCGGGUGGUGGACAUCAAGAAGGAGAAACCCAACCCUGGCACUGAGGGCCAAGAGAGGAGCGGACAGUGUGUCCCCUUCUCCUGCCAGUUCUGCAAGGAGACCUUCCAAGGGCCCAUUCCCCUGCACCAACACGAGCGGUACCUGUGCAAGAUGAAUGAGGAGAUCAAGGCCGCCCUAAAGCCAAACGAAAGUCUUACUCCAAGCCACCGAGGGCUGUUUAGUUCCGAGCAGCAGGCCAUGAUGAUUUCGUCGGCCCUGUCCGAGCGAGGAGCCACCAGCCCCAUCAACCUCUUCAAGGACCACGUGUCCGUGCUGAAAGCCUACUUCGCCAUGAACACGGAGCCGAACUCCGAGGAGUUGCUCAAGAUCUCCAUCGCCGUGGGCCUCCCUCAGGAGUUCGUCAAAGAGUGGUUCGCCCAGUGGAAGGCCCAGACACACCAAACGGCGUCCAGAAAGAGGUCGCCUCCUCCAGAGCGAAGCAGUGUUGACAGCAACCACGGCUUGGCCCAGGAGUCAGCACUUGCCCGAUCCCCCAUUUCCCUCGCUCAGUACGGGGAGACCGUUUCAGAGCACCAGAGGAAUGGGGACUCUGGACACAGACUAAGCAAACCCCACCAGUUUACAGGCAUGAGGCAGAUGGGAGAGAAACCACUCGACUCCAUGGACCACUUGAGAAGUGACACCUCUUCCCCUCUGAACCUCUCGUCGACAUCCUCGAAAAACUCACACAGUAGCUCUUACACUCCAAACAGUCUUGCCUCCGAAGACGCCCACGGCGAACCACUGGAUUUGUCUUUGCCAAAACACAUAAGGGACCUCAAGGCCGAACGAAAGCUCAAGCUGAACGGUUUCGCCAUUGAGCGCAACGGCGAAGCCCUAGAACACGAGCAGGGCGCUGAGCCUCUGGACUUGGCCCACAUCAAGAAGGAGUUCCACGGGUCCAGCACCAAUGCCAUGGGGAGCAGCGAGAGCCAGCAGGAGAAGAGUUCCAGCCCCAUCUUUGGAAUCAACCCUUUUGGUGGGGGGCACAUGUACACGUCGCUCCCGCCUCACGGGGCAUUUCCGCCUCCAACCUUCAUGCCUCCAGCCCAGGCUAGCAUCCCAGGGCUGAGGCAUUAUCCAGGACUGGACCCUAUGAGCUUCCUGCCACAUAUGGCUUACACUUAUGCUGCUGGGGCAGCCACAUUCGCAGAAAUGCAGCAACGAAGGAAGUACCAACGGAAGCCUGGCUUCCAGGGGGAGCUCCUGGAUGGCACAGCGGACUAUCUGUCAGGCCUGGAUGACCUGACAGACAGCGACUCGCUGCUCUCACGGAAGAAGAUUAAGAAGACAGAAAGUGGAAAGCGGCCUCACCAGUGCCAGAUCUGCAAGAAGGCGUUCAAACACAAGCACCACCUCAUCGAACACUCGCGCCUGCACUCGGGAGAGAAGCCCUAUCAGUGCGACAAGUGCGGCAAGCGCUUCUCUCACUCCGGUUCUUACUCGCAGCACAUGAACCACCGCUACUCCUACUGCAAGCGCGAGGCCGAGGAGCGUGAGGCCGCGGAGAGGGAGGUGCGGGACAAGAGCACGCCGCUGGAGCCCACCGAACUGCUGAUGCGCAGGGCCUACCUGCAGGGCCUCGGGCCCCUGGGCUACUCCGACCCCGAGGACCAGGCGGAGGAUGCGGCAGCAGGUGGCCGGGGGGGCACCAUUCUGAGGGACGGAUCUGAGGGAAGCGGGCCCACCAGGGAGGUGGAGUCCGGGGCCUACAGGGAGGUGGAGUCCGGGGCCUACAGGGAGGUGAUGGACAGGCGGCGGGAGGAGGGGAUGGAGGCCGAGGAGGAGGAAGGGGAAGGGUUUGAGAGGAAGAGCCCGAUGAAAGACGAGGGCGGAGAGAUCGGAGAGCUGACGGGUCCGGAUGAGAAGGACUCACCGCGAAGGAAAACAGAGAGCAAGUCAGACCCGGACGAGGAGAAGGACGAGGAUGCUGAUUAACUGCUGCAUUUUGGAUAAAAGCUUCCAGCAUUCAUCUCCUUUUCUCUCUUUUUUCACACGCUUAUGUGCUUGGUUUCCUUCUUUGACUCCAGCGGCAAACUUGAAGCCAGCUUUGUUUUAAAACAACAGCAACAACAACAACAACAACAACAAAACAAAACAAACAAAAACACACUGCUGUGGUUGAGUUGUUCAAGUGUGUGCCUGAGGCUUGAUACGAUGCAAACAAGUCGUGCGUCCGAGAUAGACAAAUUUCGAAUUGCCAGGCUGGGUGGGAUUGUUUAAGAAUCCGUAUUAUGCAAAGUAUAAGUAAUAAUGUUCAUCAUUAUGAAUUAAUAAAAUGAAGUUCUUUUUUAUGUACAGUAUAAGCGCCUGAAAGUCGUGUGGUGCUGAUGUCCUAAACCCCUGUGUUCCAUUGUGUGUAUAGCACAAGCCAGGAAAAUUGCACUCUGUCUGUUAAAUCACUACAAAAAACAUAUUAGAAAAAAAAUGCGUUGCCUACAUGUACACGUCUAUAACGUGUCUAAGGGCACAGUAGCAGUGCGCUAGUGUUAUAUUGUGUCUACCACUUAUUGUGAUGUCCUUGGUUAUGCCCCCCUGUUGCCAGACCAACCACACAUCUUGGGCCUCCUUCUGACUUUUAUGUGAAACAAUGCUAUUUAAACAAAAUACCUGUACCUGUUUUCAAAAUGUCUGAAGUCUUAAACGGACUGGGGGAUCACAGGGAAGGGAGUUUGGAGCUAUGAUGUGUGUGGCUCAUUGUCUGGUGUGUUGUUGCGAGCCUCACUUUUGUGUUUCUUUAAAGAAAAGCCUUAUAUGCAAACCCUCUCACCUGUGUGUAUCUGAAAGUGCCAUCCUUGUACAGUGUAACGCAAAGUUUACUUGUGUUCUCUUUGCGCCGGCUUCAGUAUUAAAUAAACUAUUCACCCUGUUCUUUGAAGUACCUAUGUCAGUAUUAGUAUAGCUAGGCUACAGUUCUUUAGUUUACAUGUCUGUGCAAUUUUCAGUAUUUUUCAUGUUCUUUUUUGUCAGUAUUACUUUUUUGUUCUUUGAUUUUUUUCCAAGUUCAAAUUUCAUUUGUUUUAAAUUUAAAAUACCAUUUUAUUUAUGUGACUCAUUUUAUAUUUCCUAAUUUUAUUUAUUUCAUACUGUAGUGUACAGUAUUAUAGUUCCUCAAUAUAUAGAUAUAUUUUAGUAAAAAGGAUCCUGUCAUUGAUUAAUGGAACAAAUUUUACAUAAAAAGAGCAUUUAUUGUAUCAGGAACCAUUCAUUGUAUGAUGCAAUGUUUAAAUUUUCUUUUAAUUGUUCUACUUCCUUCACUUUCCAGAUACUGGAAACUCAAACAUUUGGGAACUUUUGAUACAAUAUUGUGAAAACACUGUAUUUUUGACUGAAAGAAGAAAAAUUCCACUUUAUUCUUUUUUUUAGCUAAAGAGAUGAAGAGGGACUGUUGUUAAUGGGAUUCUUGAAAUGUCUGUUGAAGUGUAAUUGAAUUUUUAAUUUGUAAUUUCUCUUGAAAAUGACCUUGCUCGAAUAAAUGUAGCCAAAUUUAA